AUGGCGCAGGCACCGUGCGGUGGAGGAGGAAUUCGGGACUAUCGGGGAGCAAAGAAUCAAGACCAGAACCAUCUAGAACCUCCACAGAUUAAACAGGAAUGGGUAGAACCAGAACUUCCACUGACUGAAGAUGCCCUGAACCAACUGGAAUGUCCGCAAAUCAAACAUCUGCAGGAACCAGAGCCUUUACAGAUUAAUGAAAACCAAAAAGAACCGGUUGGUGUAACUCAGGAGCAACCAGAACUGGCACAGAUAUCAGACAAACUUAAGGAAUCACAGCUGCUCUUCGCCCCAAACUCUGACAGUCUGGUUCAGGUUCUGGCACUUAAGGAAGAGACUUUUAUGGACUCUCUGGUUUAUCAGCAAACCAAAACAGAAUCACAAACUGAGCAGCUCUGCUCCUAUCUUGGCUCUGAUGCUCAGACCAAAAGCCCAGAAGGCAACGUUUCCAUGGUAACCAAAACACCGCCUCAGUUGGACAACGAUUCAUCUCUGAAAUGUGACUUUUGUGAAAAAGUCUUCAACUUCAAAAACAAUUUGAUUCAGCAUCUCAGAACUCACACUGGUGAGAAGCCAUACUCCUGUAACACCUGUGGGAAGAGCUUCUCCAAAAGCAGCAACCUAAAGGUUCACAUGAGAACCCACACUGGGGAGAAGCCCUACGUCUGUGGGAUCUGUGGAAAAGCUCUAAGUUCAAACAGACAUCUUUCUGAUCACAUGGUCACUCACUCCAGGCAGAAACCUUAUGCCUGCUCACCAUGUGGGAAAAUGUUUUCCCAUGAGAGCUCCUUCCAGUACCACAUGAAGAGCCACAGUGGUGACAAGGCAUAUUCCUGUGAGACGUGUGGGAAAAGGUUCAUUCUCAAUUCUAGUCUGCUUAAACACAUGAGAACCCACACUGGGGAGAAGCCUUUUUCAUGCCCAACAUGUGGGAAAAGUUUUACUCAGAGCUGCAAUCUGAAUGUUCACAUGAGAAUCCACACAGGGGAGAAACCGUAUUCCUGCUCCAUCUGUGGAGAGAGGUUCUGUCGUAAGGCAGGUCUGAUCCGGCACAUCAGAGCACACAGAACCCUCUUACUGAGCAACAGUUAAAGUAAACCUGUGACACUUGGUCUCAUUUUUAUGAGAUUUUUAUUUAUUAGCUCCCCAAAGGAGCAUGUGGUUUCUUCAGGGUCGGCCUGACCCUCUAAAAUAAAGUAAAAAUAAAUAAAAUGCCUUCUAAAGUUAUGAAAUUAUUGGAUGAUAUUUCAUGAUGUGUAACAGAUGAUUGGAUUUGGUGCUGAUGCAGCGCACCAUUUGGAGCCAAGAUUUUUUAAAGGAUCCUUCAUGAUUACUAGGCGAUGGCUUGAAACAAUGGCGUUCCCACAGGGUUCAUCAGCCUGUCAGCAGCUGACAUGGUGUGCUCAAAGGUCCUCAACUGUAAAGCUAAUCAGGAUAGAAAGAAGCCAGCAUGUAUCCUAAAUGAAGGACUGGUCUCUGCGAGGAACCUCCUUUCGGUAGUUUUUUUUAGAUUCUUAUACUUCUUAUAUAAAAAUGUUUUAUAAAUUAUUGCUUAUGCAAAUGAGGUG